UAGGCAACGCAGAGACACUGGCCUCUCUGCAGUCUAUUUUGGAGCCUUAGCCAGCUACCGGAAAACUGACCCAGAAUAUGGAAUCUGAGAAGAUGGGAUCUGAAAAUAUGGAACCUGAAAGUAUUCAAUCUAAUAAUAUGGAAAUUGAAACAAUUUCAUCAGUCUCUGCUCUAUCUGCCCUCUCUAAACUACUUUAUCCUGAAGAAGAGGAUGAUUUUGAAUCAGCACAGCCAAAUUGUUCACAUGUUGUUGGAGCCAUGGGUCCUGGGAAUAUUGGGUCACCUAAAGCAGAAGAGCUCAAAGUUAUCCCUCCAACCAGUGAUGAAAAUUGUGAAGAAAUAUGGAAUCCAGAUGAAGUUCCAGAAAGAGCAGAGCAUGAUGACAUGUGGGAUAGUAGAGAAAUGCCAGAAUAUGAGAUUAUAUUCAAACAGAAGGUGGGAACUGAAGAUAUGUUUCUAGGAAUGACCAGAAAAGAUCCAUCAUCAGCAUGUUGUGAGGACCUAGUGGUUAAAAUUAAACUGCCAAAUACAAAGUCUUCGGAAAUUAAAAUUGAUGUACAGGAGAUGAUCCUUGACCUGCGUACUCCUAAUAAGAAGUUGUUGAUAAAUCUUCCUCAUCCUGUGGACUGUAAUAGUGCCAAAGCUAUCUACACCCUAGAGAAUGAGACUCUCGAAGUCACCAUGACUAUGAAAAGACAAUUGGAUUUUGUGAAUUUCUUCUAAAACUGCAUGAAUAAGUACGGAAAGUGGUAAAACAGCAGUACUAAAAAUUAAAUAUCUUUGAAAAUUGA